GAUCUCACAGGUACCUCUGAUUAGAUUGGAUAUGUGUAAAGAGGGAAAUCACUGUUUCUGGAUCAUCAGGUUGUGCUUUAAGAAGACUAUAGGGAAGAACACAUUUUCUUCUUGCCACAAAAGUUGCAAUAGAAAAUCUGUGAAGUCUUAAAAGGACCGAUGAGUAUUCUUAUCAUUGAAGCGUUCUAUGGAGGGUCCCAUAAACAGCUGGCGGAUCUGCUCCAAGAAGAGUUAGAAGACUGUGUCCUUUAUUCCCUUCCUGCAAAGAAAUGGCAUUGGAGAGCGCGCACAUCGGCUUUAUACUUCUCCCAGAAUAUUCCCAUCAGUGAACAGUACAGGAUCCUCUUUGCAAGCUCAGUGCUGAACCUGACUGAACUGACUGCCCUUCGGCCUGACCUUGGGAAGUUGAAAAAGAUUCUGUACUUCCAUGAGAACCAAUUGGUAUAUCCUGUCAAGAAAUGUCAGGAGAGGGAUUUUCAGUAUGGAUACAACCAAAUUCUCUCAUGCCUGGUGGCUGAUGUGGUGGUAUUCAACUCGGUUUUUAACAUGGAGUCAUUUCUCACCUCUAUUGGAAAAUUUAUGAAGCUGAUUCCUGAUCACAGACCCAAGGAUCUGGAAAGCAUCAUCAGACCCAAGUGCCAAGUUAUUUACUUUCCCAUCAGGUUUCCUGAUGUGAGCAGGACCUUUUCUCUUCUCAUUAACACCUCCACCAGAAUUGGAGCUGGGGAAGAGAAAGGAAAUGUUCAGACAUGUGCCUAUUUGCAUACUCACUCUCUUGAGUUAAUGCCAGUACGGCAGCACAUUCUGUCCAGUUCAAUAGAAAAGCCAGUUUCACCCCAUCGAUUCAUGCCCAAGCACAAAACAACCCAUCUACAGAAGAUUCUCAGCCUUAAAGGAAAUGGUGGUGCUGCUCCAUCGAUGGCCCCUGCUUUCCACCAGGAGCAGAAAGGUUCUGAGAAUCUAUUGAAGAAUUUUAAUUCAGAGUCUGGACCCUGUAAUGCUGCACAACAAGAAAACCUGGGUAGCUCAUUAAUGCAGGAGCCAGACUUGAGAAUGUGCCACUCAUCAGAUAAUUCGAGCUCUCUUCAUGAGGAAGAUAAACAAAAUACGACUUCUAGUCCCUGUGACAUUUUCGGUGGAAUUGACGAUCCACAAAGACCACUGCACAUUGUGUGGCCUCACAGGUGGGAACAUGAUAAAGAUCCAGAGAGUUUUUUUAAGGUAUUAAUGCACCUUAAGGACUUAGGACUCAAUUUCCAUGUGUCUGUCCUUGGAGAAACCUUCACAGAUGUCCCAGAUGUAUUUUCAGAGUCCAAAAAGGCAUUGGGAUCGUCUGUCAUACACUGGGGCUACUUACCCAGCAAAGAUGACUAUUUCCAAGUACUGUGCACGGCUGAUGUUGUCAUCUCAACAGCUAAGCAUGAAUUCUUUGGAGUGGCGAUGUUGGAAGCUGUGUAUUGUGGUUGCUACCCACUUUGUCCCAAAGAUUUGGUUUAUCCUGAAAUAUUUCCAGCUGAAUAUCUGUAUUCUACACCUGAACAGCUUUCAAAAAGGCUCCAGAAUUUCUGCAAGAGACCAGAUAUUAUAAGAAAACAUCUUUAUAAGGGUGAAAUGACUCCUUUUUCUUGGGCGGCCCUACAUGGUAAAUUCAGGUCUCUGCUUACAACAGAACCUAGGGAAGAUUUGUGACAGAUGGGGCUAAGUCACAAACUUGCAGCCUAAGGCAGAAUCUGUAGAACUUUCCAGAGUGUGCCCAUAUUUACCUGAUCAGAGAGAAAAGAAAAUCUGCAGAGGAAGCUGAGCCUGGCUGCUUGUCAUAGCUGACACAGAGCCAUCUGCCACAAACCUGUGGCGGCUUCAGAUCUCCCAUCCCUGCCACCACCCCAACUCAAAUUAAAUACAGAUUCCUAGAGACGUUAUGAUGGUUACACAUGUCCUCGGCAUCACAUGGAGGAGACUGUUCAAAAAAAUAUGUGGCCUGUUGUAUAACCGCACUCAUGUAUCCCAUAUGUGGUGCCACAUUGAAUUUCCGGUUGAAUCCGUUUUUAUCCUUUGUACUGGAUGACAUGGUGCCUGAAUUCUUUCUUUUUGCCGACACGAUGGCAGCCGAACUGCAGCUUCAAAAGCUCGCACUUGGCUGUGUUUCUACCUAGGUUGCCAGGUUAUCAUCGGAGCCUUCUUGUGUCCUCAAAGGGCCACAGGGUCUGAAGGGAGGAUCAGAAUGCUACCGGACUAAUUGGGCAGCCAUCUCAGAGUUGUUUGUGGGCAAAGGGCUGCUUUAGCACUUUUAUUUUAGCCAAUUAAUGACUCUCUGGCACGGGGGUGUUUAAGUGAAGGUAUUAAUAAGGGGUCUGGCAGGUAUUCCCAUGAUCCGCAGAGUUACAUUUGCAUUUAAUUUAUUUUAAAGUUGCGAGAUAAACAGCUGUAAUUUGGACAAACAUGGGAAAUACACUAAGUGGAGCCAUCUUGCCCAUAAAAUGAACACUGAGAUACUCGUUUCAAUUUUUUUUUCCCCUGGGGUAAAAAUAGAGAAAUCAAAAUACUUCUACUAAAAACAGUAAUUUUGAUAUAAAUAUUCCUCAAAAAUAUUUGCAUCCAGCUACAAAUAUGAUCUUUUCAAGAUAAAUCACUUAUGAUUCCAAUAGUCAAGCUGCUGUAUUUGUUGAUAUAAAGAUGUUUUGAACAGCUAGAUUGUAAAAUAAAUUUUUAAUAAAGUGCCUACUGCAAUUUUUAAUUAGCAUAUCUCA